AUGGCAGUGUGUCUGCACUAUUUUUAUCUGGUGGUAUUUUUCCUCAUGUUAGGGGAGGGAAUCGAGGUUCUCGUCACGAUUGUUAAAGUUUUCUCCAGUAGAUCAAAAUUACGAGAGAUCGUUAUAAUGGGGUGGGGUAUUCCAUUAAUAAUAGUAGCUAUAUCAACUGGGGUGACAGAACUAGAGGGCUAUGGUAAUUCUAAAUUUUGUUGGUUGUCGAUAGAUGGUGGAUUGAUUUGGGCGUUUUUAGGUCCAGCUCUGUUUGUAAUAUUUGUAAAUCAUCUGUUAAUGAGUAUUCUAUAUUUAACAGGUAAAUCAUCUGUUAACGAGUAUUCUAUAUUUAACAGGGCUGCUUUAAGAAGUAUUUGUGUAUUAUUACCAGUGAUGGGUGUAUCCUGGGUGUUCGGUAUUUUAUCUAUUAAUGAAGAUUUGGUGAUAUUUGAUUAUAUUUUUAGUAUUUUUAACUCCUUACAGGGGUUGUUUAUAUUUAUUUUCCAUUGUGUUAUUAAUCGUAAAGUACGAGAAGGAUUGGCCAAUCGUAGACGACGUUACAGAAGUCGACACACCUCUCUCUCUGCCCAGAAAUCAGGCUCACGAUCUGUUUUUGACGUAAGUGAAGAUUUUAACUGA